UGUUUUCCUGCUGCAGCAGCAUGUACAGACGUUGUGGUGCUGUGAGGAUAUGUCUGUAGAGAUGGCGGUGCUCUCCGUGACAGUACCGGAGCCGGUCAAACCGACCGGAAUCCCGCAACAGAACCGCGUCUUCCUCGACUUCUUCUGGGACUUGGCCAAACCGGACCAGGAGGUCCGACUCAAGGCGGUGGAAAACCUCAUUCAGUACCUGAAAACCAACAACAAGGCGGAUGAGUUGGAAUACACCGUUAAAAGGCUGGUGGAUGGACUGGCUCACACACGAGAGGCUGCGAGACCUGGAUUCAGCCUGGCUCUGGGACAGGUCUUGUGUGCAUUUGAAGGCGUCUCUUUGCAGAGUGUACUCGACAAAAUCAAAGUAAAGCACAAUUUGCUGACAGUGAAAAAGAAACUUAUCAGAAAUGCAAUGUUUGGAAACUUGUUCGGCGUCCUCGCCAUUCAUCAGUCCGGCCGCAUCUCUAAAGAGCCGCAGGUGGUGUUGGGAUGUGUGCAGCUCCUGCAGAGCCUCAGCCAACACAGACAACACCUGAAGGACCUGCCCACCAAGACCAUGACGGACAUCCUCAAUGAGAUCCCAGAGGAGGUGUUUGAGGAGGUCUUGCUGAGCGCCCUGCAAACUGACCUGGCAUCCGCCUUCAGUACUCCGGAGCAGCUGCAGCUGCUGCUGGUAGCGCUGCAGCGCUUUCCGCAAACACUCAAACCCAAGAAACUCAAGAAGCUGCUGGGCUCCUCGACCAUCAUCAACGCUGACAACAUCCCCAAGUUGACAGAGGUGUUGAAGAUGGCGGCCCGCUCGGUGAAGAAGGAGUGCGUCCUCCCGGCGGUGGUCCUGGACCUCCUGAAGCUCUCUCUGAAGGAAAACAGCUUCCAGCUCUUCUGGAAUAACGCCAUCGUCAACGGCAUGCUAAAGGAGCAGCCGGGGCCCACUCAUUACCUGAGCUUCCGUCUGCUGGGCAGCGCCCUGCCUCUUCUGUCGGCAGCCCAGCUGAAGGAGGUGAUGUCUGGAGAGGUGAUGAUACACUACGGGGAACAUGUAAUGUCUUCUCAGAAACCGGACCGCUUCAAGCUGGCCCCAGAGAUGGACACCUACGUGUCGGACUUCUUGGAGGGCUGUCAGGAUGCCGACAAACAGCUGGCAGUGAUGGUGGGCUUCUCCUCGCUGUCCCACAAGGGCUGCCCAGUGGUGCCGUCGGUGUGGAGGGUGGUGCAGCACCUUCAGCCCGAGGCUGUGCAGCCGUACGUGGAGUGGCUGAAGAACAUGUUCCUGCAGCCUCAGCUGGACAAGCUGCUGGACUUCAGCACUCGCAAGCAGAAGGACAAUAAGGAAGGAAAGGAACAGAAGGAGAACUCCAUAUUCCACCUGAGAAGGUGGAUCGUUUCUCGGCUCUGCUCGAUCAUUGACAACCACCAAGUGAAGAAGCAGGAGGAUCUCAUCAUGGGUGUGGCCAGAUUUGUCUUUUUCCACGCGUUCUUCAGCGCCAAGAAGGCCUCGCCCAAAAUCGGAGAGACGAUGGGGACGCUGUCUGUCCCACUGGAUGAUAAAACCAGAGGAGUGCUCGUCAAUUCUUUCUUUGGACUCCUCCUGUCCAUGCACCACCUCCCUCCGUGCGAGGACCCGGCCGAAGGCGCGGCAGUCAACCAAAAGCGCAUGCUGGGCGUCACAGCCGACGGCACCAUGUGGAUCUACCACCUGGUCCAGUACACUCAACUGCUGCUUAGCCAGCCGAAAUUCGCCCAGAGCAGCCAGCCCUUCAGCCCUGAGCAGAGACAGGCCUGGGACAGCAUGCUGGAGUCGGUGGAAAACCUGAAGAAAAAAGCAAAGAAAGGCCCGACUGCUGAGAGUGGCGCGUUCCAGCAGGUCUUCCUGUUGGUCGGCAUGCACCUCUUCAAGGCCCCAGAAGAGCUGCUGGACAUCAUGAAGGACCUGCAGAGCUGCGUGGACAUGGCUCAGGAGAAGAAGGCCAAGAAGAAGAAACAAGCGCAGGAGGAGGGGCCCACGUGGGUGGAGGUGAUGGUGGAAAUCCUGUUGUCCUUGCUGAGCCAGGCGAGCCGACAUAUCAGACAGGUCUGCAAAGUGGUCUUCUCCUCCAUCUGCCCCCAUGUCACUGCCGCGGCCCUCACCGGCAUCUUAGAGGUUCUGGACCCAGAGAAGGAUGACGAGGAGGACGGUGCUCUAUUCGUCACUGACGACGACAAAGCCCAGAAGAACAACGCAAAUGAAGAAGAUGAUGAGAUGGACGACAAGUCUGAUGGAUCAGAUGAUGACUCUGAUGAAGAUGGUGAAGCAAUGGAAGAGGAGGAGGAAGACGAGGAGGAGGAAGACGAGGAGGAAGAGGGGGAGCUGGAAGUGGGAGAGGUGGACCAAAAUUUCCGUCUGGAGCUGAUGAAGGUCUUGCAGCAGCAGAAUGCUCUGGCCACAGAGGACGACGGCAGCAGUGACGAAGAUCUGGACGAUGACGCCAUGAUUGAGCUGGAUAAGGGCCUGUCGGCGCUGUUCUCGGAGCAGAAGAAAAAGACCCAGGCCAAGAAGGAUGAAAAGACAAAAAUACACAAAGAGAAGAUGCUGGUCCGAGACUUUAAGAUCAAGGUUUUGGACCUGGUUGAAGUGUUCGUGGCCCGGCAGGCUGGCAGUCCGCUCGUCCUGGGUUUGGUGGAGCCUCUGCUCAACAUCAUCGACAGAGGAAUGAGCUCCGACAGCGACCAGCAGGAGCAGGACUUCCUCCGCCGAGCUGCAGAUAUUUUCAGGAACCAGCUGUGUAGGUCCAAGGUUUACUGCAGGACCGCCAGUGACAGACAGGGGGAGCUCCACGACCUGCUGGAAAAACUGAUGACUAAAACCCAGAAACUGUCCGACUCCUCAGUCUGCCUCUACUACUUCAGUGCAUCUCUGUACGUGGUGAAAGUGCUGCGAGGACCUCCGCCCACUGAAGCCAAAGAGGAGCAGACCGCCGACGGGGCUGCAGCAAAUGACUUGAGUUUCAUGGGCAACGUGGAUGUGGACCGGGUCUCCGCCAUCUUCAGAGACGCCCUGAGCUCCUUCAUGGGCAGGAGGAAGAGCCCUCUGACCGCUCAGAUGUUCACAGACUUGUUCAACAGAUUCCCUGUUUUGUGUGUGAAGCUGUUGGAUACGAUUGUGCAGCACAUCACAUCUGGAUGCCGAGUUCACCAAAAGGGCCAAGCAUGUGUGUUGGUGUUGCGGGCGAUGCAGAGCAGGGAGGUUCAGCAGCUGCUGAGCGGUGCUCCGUGGACGGAGCUCUGUGUGACGGUCGCAGGUCAGCUGACGGCGAGUCUUCAGCAGGUCGGUCCAACUGAGAGCAAGGUGGUGAAGGAGAAGGUGGUGAAAACCCUGGAGCUCUGUCAGUUCCUGGUCAAGCACGUUCACCAGCAGAACUUCUCUGUGGACCUGGAGCCCCUUCAGAAGGUCCUGCAGUCCCUGACCAGCACCAUCGCUUUCAAGAAGACCGGCAAGCUGGAGGACAACUACUGGGCCGUGGUGAAACACUUUGGAGUCAUAAAACCAAAGGUUGAAAAGACGAAGCCUGAGAAGGAGGCCAACCAAGCGCAACUUCCCAAGAAGAAGAAAGGUUUUCUGCCAGAAACAAAGAAGCGUAAAAAGCGCAACAUUCCGAUUCUAGAGCCGGCGGCGGCGGCAGCAGCAGAGGCAGACAACUCGACCUCAAGAUACAGAGCGGGAGCAGACAAAGGACAAGCCAAAAAGAAACAUGACAAGAAAACAAAACAGAAGCGACCGGCCGGCGGCGCGGCGGCUUCUCAGCCCAACCCGGCAAAGAAGAGCAAGACGACGCUGUCUGAGAGCAAGACGGCCAAGAAGACGAAGAAGAAACCCAAACAGAAGAAAGAGGGAGGGGGGCAAAUGUAAAGUGGACACUGCUAUUUAAAUGUUGAUUUCUUUUUAAAGAGCCUGUGUUUUCGUCUAUUAAUUUUUCUAUUUACUCGGCUGUUCUCCAGCUAUCGUCCCUAAUUGUGUCUCUCUGCCGUUGGCUGCUGACCAGGUAGUAUAUUAUACACACUACCAGAACGGUAAAGUUGUUGGCUGCACAGAUAAACAAUGAGCUGAAACUCAUCAUUAAGCUCUGUAAAGCAGAGGGGAACUGCAGAUUCAGCUGAUUAUUCUCCGUAGCUCAGUCUUUAGUAUGAUACCACUCGAUUAAAAACGAUUCACUUUAUUGUACCUUUUAAAAAAUAUAUAUUUUAGUUAUUACCAGCAAGUCCUAUAAAUAGAUCAAAACCUACAAUGUGUCUGAUUUCCCAACUGUGUCUGUCACUCAGAAUAAAGUCAAACCUUUCCUUUAAGUGAG